GCUGUAGCGGCGGCCGCCAGGCAGAGCGGGCGGGUUGAGGGAGGAGGGCGGCGACGGGCCAGCGGCUAGCGGCUAGCGGCGCGGGACGCAGAGCCUUUGCACUUUUCCCUCCCGAGUGUCCCCUCCAUCCCCCCACACACUCCACACACCCUGUUUGCCCGUGAGCCUGGGGAACUUGCAGCUUAAAGCCAGCCACCCCCACGGCAGCAUGUACCCCAGCAACAAGAAGAAAAAGGUGUGGAGAGAGGAGAAAGAACGUUUGCUGAAGAUGACCUUAGAGGAGAGACGCAAAGAAUACGUAAGGGACUAUGUUUCUCUGAGCACCAUUCUAUCGUGGAAGGAAGAGAUGAAGAGCAAAGGCCAAAAUGAUGAAGAAAGUGCUCAGGAAGCACCACAGAUGAAGAAAAGCUUGAGUGAAAAGGUUUCUCUCUACAGAGGUGACAUCACUCUGCUAGAGGUGGACGCGAUCGUCAAUGCGGCAAAUGCCAGUCUUCUCGGAGGAGGUGGUGUGGAUGGCUGUAUUCACAGAGCUGCUGGUCCCUGUUUGUUAGCUGAGUGUCGGAACCUGAACGGCUGUGAGACUGGACACGCGAAAAUCACAUGUGGCUACGACCUCCCUGCAAAGUAUGUCAUCCAUACUGUAGGGCCAAUAGCCAGAGGCCACAUUAAUGGUUCCCACAAGGAAGACCUUGCAAAUUGCUAUCAAUCAUCCUUGAAGCUGGUAAAAGAAAAUAACCUCCGAUCAGUUGCAUUUCCCUGCAUUUCAACAGGCAUUUAUGGUUUCCCGAAUGAGCCAGCAGCAGUCAUUGCCCUAGGAACAAUUAAGGAAUGGCUGGCCAAGAAUCACCAGGAGGUGGAUCGAAUCAUCUUCUGUGUCUUCCUAGAAGUUGAUUUCAAAAUCUACAAAAAGAAAAUGAGCGAGUUUUUCCCCGUUGAUGAUAACAAUGAAGGAACUGAUGCUGACAUGAAAGAAGAUGCAGAAGGGCCAGAGCAGAAAGGCCUUUCUCCACCCCACAAGAAGAGCAAAGCAAAGAAACCAGAAAGUUCGAAAGACUCCAGUGAAGAUGAAAGUGGUCCAGAGGAAAAGCAAACUGCGGAAGAAAUGGAAGGGCAGAGCCAAGAAGCAGGUGGGCUCAGGUUUCUUUUGAGGAGUCUCCUAGGCCUCAUCCACAGAGAUGGUGUCAACACCACACCUGUGCCCAGCCCUGCUUCCGAAGACAAAGCUGAAGUCCAUAAAGAUGAAGCAGAUUCUGCAAAGGAUGACAAUACCAUAAAAGACAGUGACAUGACCAAUCAUUCUGUGUGUGACCAAGAGCUUCCCAAUGGACAAGAAAAUGACUCAACAAAGAGUGAGGGAAAAACUGAGACAGAAUCUCCAAGCUCCUCUAUGGAAACAGAAGACCUUUCACCAAAUCAAGAAGAUUCCACAAUUGUGGAUCAUCCAGAAGUGAUCCCCCUGAUAGAUGACCAAGAACCACAGGAAGGUGGAGAAGCUCAAGGCGAGGAUGCACCUGCUGUGUUUGCAGAAAGUUCCAGUGAGGCAGAAAACACUUCAGGUCCUGAUGUUGACAUGAACAGUCAGGUGGAUGGUGUAAAUGAGCCAACAGAGAGUCUGCAAGAAGAUCUCCAAUAG